GUGCGCACGCGCAGACGAGCCGUCUGAAUGAGGGACCAUUUCCUCUUGGAGGCCUGUGUGUUUUGCAGCGACUGAAGGCCAGUUCCUCGGCUGUGUUUUCAAUUUGGACGGGCAAAGACGGGAUAACCCCAGGAUCCACCGGAGCCUGCUGCGACCGUUGCCGUGAGCAGAAGCGAGCUUGAGCAGGCGAGACGAGCGGCGCUCCCGGCGGUGUCGCCGCUUCCUUCAGCGCUCGGCUCGGCUCGGCUCGGCGCUCCCGGAGUGGCCCGGAGCUGCAUGAGAGGAAACACUCCUUCGCCUUUGUGUCUGCACCGCACGGGCUGCCUUCCUGGACCGAGACUGUGGAGUGAGCAGCGGCAGUGCGCCUGGCGCGGACUCGUGGGUGUGGCUCCUGUCUUUCCAGGUCAGCUCCGGAGUGAGCUCUCAUGGUACCAGGUGACCUGUGACUGGAGUGAGGAGGACAUCAGCAGCCCAUUCGAAUCACCAUGUCUGGGAUCCAGACAGUAUGGCCGUCUGGCACAGAGUGCAUAGCCAAGUACAACUUCCAGGGGACAACAGAGCAGGACCUGCCCUUCAGCAAAGGAGAUGUCUUAACCAUCAUUGGAGUAACCAAGGAUCCAAACUGGUACAAAGCAAAGAACAAUAUGGGGAGAGAAGGUACCAUCCCGGCUAACUAUGUCCAAAAAAGGGAAGGAGUUAAAUCAGGAGGCAAACUCAGCCUAAUGCCCUGGUUCCAUGGGAAGAUCACCCGAGAGCAGGCGGAGCGGCUCCUCUACCCCCCUGAGACGGGCCUGUUCCUCGUGCGGGAGAGCACCAACUACCCCGGAGACUACACCCUGUGCGUGAGCUGCGAGGGCAAGGUGGAGCACUACCGCAUCAUCUACCACAACGGCAAGCUGACCAUCGAUGAGGAGGAGUACUUCGAGAACCUCAUGCAGCUUGUGGAGCAUUACACCAAAGAUGCUGACGGCCUGUGUACCAGAUUGAUUAAGCCCAAACUAAUGGAAGGAACUGUCGCUGCCCAGGACGAGUUUUCCAGAAGUGGCUGGGCUUUAAACAGAAAGGAACUCAAGCUCAUACAGAGCAUAGGGAAAGGGGAGUUUGGAGAUGUGAUGGUGGGCGACUACAGAGGGACCAAGGUUGCUGUGAAGUGCAUCAAACACGACGCCACAGCACAGGCUUUCAUCGCAGAGGCGUCUGUCAUGACGCAGCUGCGGCACAAUAACCUGGUGCAGCUCCUGGGCGUGAUUGUGGAGGAGAAGGGCAGCCUGUACAUCGUCACAGAGUACAUGGCCAAGGGCAGCCUAGUAGACUACCUGCGGUCCAGAGGAAGGACUGUAUUAGGAGGAGACUGUCUGCUCAAGUUCUCAAUUGAUGUCUGUGAGGCCAUGGAGUACCUGGAGGCCAACAACUUUGUCCACCGAGACCUGGCAGCCCGCAACGUCCUGGUCUCCGAGGACAACAUCGCCAAAGUGAGCGACUUCGGCCUGACCAAAGAGGCCUCCUCCACCCAGGACACAGCCAAGCUUCCUGUCAAAUGGACUUCUCCUGAGGCGCUGCGUGAGAAGAAGUUUUCCACCAAGUCCGAUGUGUGGAGCUACGGGAUCCUGCUGUGGGAGAUUUACUCCUUUGGGCGAGUGCCUUACCCCAGAAUACCCCUGAAGGACGUGGUGCCCAGGGUGGAGAAGGGCUACAAGAUGGACGCCCCGGACGGCUGCCCCCCUGUGGUGUACGACAUCAUGAAGCAGUGCUGGACCCUGGAUCCUGUGGUGCGGCCCAGCUUCCGGGUAGUGAGGGAGAAGCUGCAGCAUAUCAGAGCCAAGGAGCUGUACCUGUGAGCCCGGAGCAGUGUGUGGGGAGGAGAGGGAGGGGGCGGGGGCCUGCCUUUCACACACGCGGACCGUGCUGGACAUCAGCAGCUGCUGUCUGGGAUCACCCUGCAAAACAGCCGACCCAAGCGUCUUGUGUAGCUUCCCCUUACCUCCCUGUCGUCUUCUCCCUCUUUCUGUACCCGUGGCAAGGAUGGGGGGGUGGGCUGGCCUUUUCUUCCACAUCUUGUGUCGCUUAAGGAAACUCUUCAGUCGCUCCCCAGGUCGAUGUCUUGUUUGAAUGCUCGUUACAGCAUGCUUCACCCGAUGCCAUAGUGUUUGUGGAUCAUUCGCUCUGUGCCAAAGUGCCUCCAGACCACAAGGCCUCCUGCUUCGGUCUCGCUCCAUCGUCGUCUCCUUCUCGUCACGGACGGUUUUACUCUUCCGGACGGACUAUAUAUAUUUUUUUUAUUGUUUUUUUAAUUGUUUUUUGUUUGCUUUCCUCCAGCCCUCCCAACACAGGCUCCUGUAUUUCUACAUGUAUCAAAACAAGUUUUAAAGAACGUUACAAUUAUAAAAUGUACUUCAGCUGACUUUUUACAACACAUGAAUAAAGAAAACAAUAUAUAAGAGGGCAAAGGGGAAGAGUUGGGGAGUGUUCUGAAAACUAUGGGGGGGGGGCUUUUGUAUAAAAAAAGAUAAAAAUGAAAAAAAGACCAAAAGGUUAAAAAAACUGAAAGGAAACCUUGCGACCUGUACGUUAAGCUGGGACAUUGUGCAUGCCGUGUGAGAGGCCUCGAGUUACUGUCAGUGCUAUUCUUGUUUAUUGUUUCAUGCUGCGAUGAUUAUGAAUAAACCAUUCCAUCUGACCAGUUUGGAAAAAAGGGCA